GCGCGCCAUGCUGAUCACGCUGUGCUACCUCUACCUAUGGGCGCGCUGGGGGCCUUGCUCGGCGGCGGUCAUCCGCCGCACUGUGCGCCGACUGCACCGCUCCCGCUGCUCCUUCACCUUCUGCUGCUGCGCCGCCACCCCGCCGCCGCCUCGGCAGCCGCGCAGGCAGGUGCCGCCCAGGCAGGUGCCGCCCGAGGAGCGAGUCUGCCUCAGGAUAGGGAACAAAGUCUUUUUCACGGACGAGACGCAGUUCCUUGAUGACUUAAACAGAUGGAGUCUACUUCUCAUUUCUCCUUUUAUUUGUCCUGAUAAAUUACUUAAAGCAGGACAUAUAGCUUUUGUGACAGAAAGCAUUUCAGCUCAGACAGAUAACUUGCAGGAAGUACCUGGCUCUUCGAAAGAGAUUGUGAAGUGGUCAGACUAUUGUUCACCGUUGGCCUAUAAACCUGGUGAGCCUUAUAAGUUAGUUGCUGAAGCAAGCGUAGAUAAUUUCAGUAACCUUGGAAUAGCAUUCAUGGAAGACAGGCUUCAGAUGGAUAAUGGAAUGGUGCCACACAAGAUCGUUUCUGUCCAUUUACAGGAAUCUACUCUGAAGGAGUUGGCAGAGGUAGAAGCAUCUGUAGAAGAGCAAAAUGUAAGCAGUAAACAAAUGGAUGAAGUAACUCCUGCUGCUACUUUUGGGACUACUCUUAAAUCAGGAUUAGGAGUAGUGGAAACUGCAGGACAAAGUGAAGAAGAGAAAUCCAAGUUGGAGAAAGAAAGUGAGCCUGAAGAUGAAUCCAACAGUUUAUCUGACAAAGAAAUAGGUGCUGGAGAACAUCAUCACUUGCAUCUUUCCAGCUGUCAUGAAUGCCUGCAACUUGAAAACAGUACUAUUGAAUCAGUCAGAUAUGCUUCUGCAGAAGACAUUCCAGAACUUUCUGAUGAUUGCAAUAGCACACUGGAAGAGAAUGAUGGUUGUCUAGCAAGAGGAAUUAAGAGAGUAAACCUUGCUGGAAAGCCCCCUAAUAUAUUGAUUUAUCUUGGCUCUGAAACUGGAAAAGUGGAAUUUGGGCAGGUAAAAUCAAUCCUUCAGGAAUGCAUUGAUGCAGACAGCUACACCAUCUACCAGCUCCAUGAGGAACAAGUUCUGAAAGCUCCGUGGGUUGAUAAUUCACUGCUGUUGAUCAUUGCCACAGAUGAGCCUAUUUCUGAGGAGAACCACAAACAAUUUAUGAAGUUUUUAUCUAAAGGUGGAAAGAUUCUAGGGUUUUCGUCAUCUUUUACAUUUGAUGGCAUACAAAUAAAGAGAAAAAACAAACUGAAGAAGGCUGUUCAUGAAUUAGUGGUCUCUAAAAUGGACAGCACUGAAAUUAAGUUAAAUCUCUUGGUCAGUGGCUGUGUUUUUGAGGAAGUGAGGAAGGAAGAUACAAGCAAAGUGAAGAUAUUGAGUCAAUUAAAUAAUGCUGAUAAAGAUACAGUUAUUGUUCAUCUGUCUCAUGGAGACAGUGGAGGAGAAGCCAUUCUUUCUCAGGCACACUUGGAACUGGAUAUCAAUUCAAUGGGUGUCCAAACCGAAGAGGAUUUUAAUUUGCUUAAGAUAAGCAAUACCAAGAGAUAUGAAGUUCUCAAGGAGAUCCUGAUAUCGCUUGGCCUGAAGUGUGAAUUAAGUAAAAUUCCUACGUUAACACCUAUUUACCUUCUCUCUUCUGAUGAGGAAAUCCAUCUUGCUUUUCUGAAAUGGCUUGAGAGAAAUGUAGAUGCUGAAGGAUUAAGAGCAUCCAGCAAGGUGUCUCUUAAAUUUGUUUCAUCCUGUGAAUCAGAAAUGGAGAUAACACCAUCUCUCAUGCCAGUCAUCACUGAGACAGGAAGCUUCUCAUCCGAACAUUUCAGCCUGAAGACAUAUCAACAGAAUCUUCAAACAAAGAAGCUUGGAAAGAUUCUUCUUUUUAGUGAAGUUACCACAACAACACAGAAUCUUCUAGAUGGGUUAAUGUUCGAGUUGCCUGAGGAGAUGGGUUUAAUAGCAAUUGCUGUUCGCCAAACACAAGGAAAAGGUCGUGGUGGAAAUGUUUGGCUCAGUCCUGUGGGCUGUGCACUAUCCACUUUACAUAUCACCAUUCCUCUACAUUCCAACCUGGGCCAGAGAAUUUCUUUUAUUCAACACCUGGUGUCCUUGGCAGUAGUAGAGUCAGUCAGAUCAAUACCAGAAUAUGAGGAUAUUGAUCUGCGAGUAAAAUGGCCAAAUGAUAUCUACUACAGCGAUCUUAUUAAGCUUGGUGGAGUUCUGGUAAACUCUACACUUAUUGAAACAACAUUUCAUAUACUUAUUGGCUUUGGAUUUAAUGUGAAUAACAGCAACCCCACCAUAUGCAUCAAUGAUCUCAUCACAAAAUUUAAUAAGGAAGAGGGGAAAAAUCUGAAGCCUUUAACUGCAGACUGUCUUAUUGCAAGAACUGUAACUGUGCUAGAGAGGCUUAUAGAUAUUUUUCAGGACAAAGGGCCCAACGGAGUUCUUCCCCGUUAUUACAAAUACUGGGUACACAGUGGUAAGAAAGUCCGUCUCUACAAUGAGGAGGGCCCAACUGCAUGGAUAGUUGGGAUAGAUGAUUAUGGAUUCCUUCAAGUUCAUGAAGAAGGCAAGGGUGUAGAGUCUGUGCACCCCGACGGCAACUCUUUUGACAUGCUGAGAAACCUCAUAGUCCCAAAUCAUUAAUAGUCCUCUGAGCUCCCAGCGCAAAGGGAAGCCCUUUAGUAUUUGGCACCAAGCAGCUAAACUUAAAGGUGGGAAGGGUAAUCGAUAGCUUGGGGUUUUUUCCUUCUGAUUUUCUGCUAUCUUUGUUCUUUGACAUGGAUAACUUCAACGGUUAAGAAGAGGUAAUUAUCUCAUUGCUGAAGGCCUUUAUUCUUUUGUAUUAACUUUAAAACACAUCAAUGUUGCCAUUCUUUGUAAGCAUCUAUUCUUUAAAAGGAGCCUCAUUGCAAAGGGAUGCUUUGCAAUGAACAGAACUUUCUCUUCAUUUGCACUCUGUAUUUGAGAAACUGAAGUGGCUAAAUAUUUCCCUUUUGUGUUUCUGUGGUUUUAUUGUACUUUAGCACAAUACAAUACAAUCUUUACAUUUUUACUAUGUUUUUUAAACUAAAUUCUGGUUUAUGCAUUGUCUGCCAUGGAAACAGCUAGGAGAGCUCAUCAUAUAUUUCUGAAUUACCGGGAUUACCACUGUGUUUAACUUCAGGUCUAAGUGUAAAGUCUUGCUGAUUUGGUUCUUCUCCAUGCGGGCCUGCACAGCAUUUUACCAUCCUGUGCUUUGGUCUCAGGUCUGCAACUCUCUCUUGGCUGCCUUGAGUUUUUGGAGAGUUUUCCACCAGCACUGAAGAACUGUGGUUGGUUAUCCAAAUUAUUUGUAUGUAUGUUGCUCUUCUUAGUCAAUUUGAUUUAAAUAGAUCAUCUCAUAUGUUCUUUGAAUCACAGUCUUCCAAGAGGCCUUAGCCCCCUUAAGAGUAGCCCACUGGCAUAUUGUGUCACCUAGCUGCAACCUUCUUAUCCAGGUUAUUGUAGAAUCCCAUGUCAGGAGAGGGAAGUUCUACUCAGUAUUUUAGAAUUUAAUAAUGAUUCUAAUAGCAAUGAAGUUAAGCUAAUAAAUAAAAGAAAAUACCCAGCUCUUAAAAUGCUUGCCAUAAACUACUACAGUAGACAUAAAGAGAAAACCUGCAGUUAAUCUGUGCCCAAUUAUCUUCCAUUGUUUCUUUUGUUACCCUCUUUCCCAAGGCAGAGCAUCUGGUUUUGCUGCUAAUCAUUAAAAGCAAGAGGUUUAACACCUGCUGACCUGAAAGCAGCUUGCUUUGGAGGCUGGCUGCACAGUUGCAGGUUAGGUGUAACAGCUUGGUCAUGACUGGAAGGCAUCGUGAAGCAGGCAUGUGGGAGCUUCCGCACGAUGGCAGCUUGUCGAGUUUUUCUCCCGGGCAAGGCGAAUUUGCCCCAGGAGGCUUGGCCACCACAGCACUUCAAACAGCUCUCUGCAAAUGAAAACUUUGUCAUAGGUGUGAUGUGGCCAGCUUCAUUUCCUCAAGUAGGCAGCACUGCUUAUUACGUUACCUUGUCCCUACUGAAGGUGGAUCAGCCAAAUUGGUUUCCACAAAGGACUUCUGUCUGCAAGCCAGAAAUGGGGUUUUUAGGUUAAAGUUCACCUCAUAAACAAUCUGAACAUGCUAGUAGAUUGUUUCAAAGUCAAGAAGUUGUAAAACAAGAAAACUAGUCUGUAAUGGUAAUUUAGAGAAAUCCUCGCAUAUUAGGGCUUAGGUGGUUUGGCAGCAAGUGUUGGAAAUUAACUUGUCCCUAUUACAUUUAGGAUUUUAUGCUCCAUAUCACAGCAGAUUUGUCUGUAUGCUGGGUUGUCCAUACCCUGCUGAUUUGUUUCCCUCCAUGAUCCGUAUCAUACAAGACAGCACACCAAUAUUUCAUAGAACUGGACAGUGGAGUGCAGACAGCUGCAUGGGCAUAGUUGAAAUGAUACCCAUGAACACCAGUUUUUAGUUUUUCCCAUCAGAUGCUUUCAAAACUGCUUUGGGCUGUUAAUUUUUGGCAACUGCCUUUAUUUCAGAAUCAAAUACUGAUGCAUAUUAUAAUAAAAUGAAAGUUGAGUUUGGUUAAUGAAGUUUAAAUAAAAUGAAGAAACCGUUUAUAUAUAAAUAUAUUAAAAAGGGAGGGUGGGAUGCUCACACUUGCGCCUUCCUUGUGCAUCUUCACUUCUUUUCUACUUUUCUUUCAAGCAGUAUAUAAGCAAUGCGCUGCUGCAGGUUGCUGUGGAAAGCAUAGCCCUGCUACUGUUUUGCCAACCAUAGAGCUUUACAAAACUUUAGAUGUGUACCUCAAUGCGAUAUGUGUAGCUAAAACACUGUCUCUGUUUCAGUACUGUAGGGUAUGCCUGCAGGAAGCACCUUUGAGUUUUGCUCAUGUUCCAGAAAGACUGAUGAGUGCCUGUAGAAAUUUCUUUAAAUAACCGGGUCAUACAUCAGGUUUUGACUUUAAUUGUUUCCUUAAAACACACUUUCUGUUUGUGAGGGACAAGUACUGUAAAAGAAUGAUGGGGAAGAAUGGUAAAACAUGUUCCUGUGUGAAUGGUAGGACAGACCUUCAAACCUUCACUCAGUUGCACCACCACAGUGUCUGAGCAGCAGGCAAAUGGAUUCUUAAUAGUAAAACAUUGCAGUAUUUCCUGGCUGCUAUUGUUCCUUUUUUAUUUCUUCAUAGCCUUCUUAAUGAAAAGCUUGUUCUAUUCUCACUGUGAGUUGUAAUAUUAUUCCAGAAAAUUUUGCGUUGGAAAUAAAGUUGAUGUUAAACUUCCUUUCUGCAAAUGAGAA